CUCCAUCAAAACGCCCUGUGCUCCCAAUCAAGCCUCGACAGAUAUGCACAAUUGGGCCAUUUUUUGCCCUUUUUCCCUCCUCCAUUGCCAUUUCUGUCGCUUCUGUCCCGGACAAUUCCUUCCUCCCGGCCCACAGCUGCCACCCACCUCGCAAGCCAACCUCAGACUCCUUCGACGUGGCAUUUCCCCCGGCACCAGACCGUUUCAUCGCCCAUCCCGCCUUUCUCGAUUCGUUCGCCACCAUCGACAUCUGGAGCCUCUUCUCGCCUCACCCAGCAUGCAUCACGCAUUGUAUUUCCCAGCCCCUCGUCUCGCCUUCCAUGUCAGAUGGGCCUAGGGGUUUAGUGAGAAAAAAUCAGGCGCCGACAGGAAGCAAGGCGCAGGUACCCCCAUCGGCACUCCCAGAUCCCGCGGUUGGGUCGCUUGACCCCAUGUCUGUGGUUUCAUGGACGAAGAGAACUGUUUUCCGAUGGAUGGUUGAUCAUCACAAGACUUGUAGCGAAUAAACCGCCGGUUGGUACCAGUCAUGUUGCAUGCCCGUUGCUGAUCUUUCGUUUGACUCUUCCCCUCGUUGCUAAGGAUCUUAUAUACAGUACAGCAUCAUUGUUGACUGAAAACUCCCUUCGAUUUGACACUUCGUCCAACAGAAUCAAAGCCUCUUGAUUUCCUCGCGUUUCUGUACGGGAUCUUCAUCACGGUGACACAGUCCGUGAGAGAUCGGUGAAUCCAACUGCGAGUACACGGUCUCGCUAGGGCUCCAGACCCAUUGCUCCCAAGACAAACAGGCUGCAAAGCUCGACCAGAUUCAUUGCUGUCUGAACUCAAAGAGACGCUGGAAGAUUGCCGUCGACUCUGCAAAAUCAGAGAGGUCAUACAACGUCAAGCACCACGUCCUUGUUUCUCCAGCAUAUUCCCGCACCCACGUCCAUCCCACCGACUGCCUCGACGAUCCCAUGCCUUCCUCCAUUACCCUCACAGUCAGCCACCUUCCGACAUCUACCUCGUUCUUCCUCUCCGCCCUUCAACCGCUCAACUACGUCUUCCGCGGCCGACAAGAGCACACCAUCGGGUUUGGCCCCGCAUCUCCACCCAAUACCCCGGCCGACUUUUGGAUCACACAAGAAAUCCCUGGCGUGCCCGCGGGGGCCGCACACGUGGCUUUUCCUGCGGCGUCUCGGGCACAGGUACAGGAUUUCUUCCUCGCUGCUCUCAAGGCUGGUGGGAAAAUCCACGGGGAACCUUGCCAGCGGGAUGCCUCGGGAUAUUACUCGGCCGCAGUGAUCGACUUUGAUGGAAAUUCUAUCGAAGCGGUCUACAGACCUGCAUUCGGCGACGAUGCCAACAAAGAAAAUGCAGACGCGAGAAGUAUGGUGUCUCAUCGGAGUGCGAGAGCUCCCUCCGCUGCGGCACCUCCAAAAUCCGUCGUAUCCGCUGCGAAGAGCGUCAGAGCACCAUCUCAAGUUGCUUCUCAAGCCCCGUCAUAUGUCUCUAGCCCACCGAAUGUACCUCCAGAAAAUACCCAACCCAGGCCAAAGCCUUCCGGGGAUGUUCUCGGGUCGUUGAUCAACGAAGCACGCAACGCCGCAAAUGUAGCCCGCGACCUUGUCAACAGCAUGACACCCAAUCUCAUCUCUUCGGCCCCGCCAAACUCAUCUGCAGGUAACAACUCAACGGGCGGUGGUAGUGGAGCGGGUGAAGCCAUUGUUGGGACCCUUCUGGGCGUUGCCGCCGGCGCCGCCCUACACUACGCCUUCAGCAACCGAUCCAAGGAAGACAGUCGUGACGAUCGAGAAGAACACAAGUUUGUGCCCCCUCCACGCCCUUCUGGCACAGGUCGCAGCGUCACCGAACCCGUCAAUGUGAUGCGCGCGGAAUACUCAACUGUCCCUUCCGAAUUCCACGGAGUUCCCGGAGGACUUGGGUAUCGGGCUAUUGAACCAGCACCUUCGGAAUAUACGUACGCCCCCCAGGAACCUAGCGAGCAAAAGCUCAUCACCAUGUACGACCACGAUCCCUCCGCAUCUACCGUUCAGAACUUCCCGGAUCAAGCAUCCACAAUCCGGCCUGCUUCGGUGACAAGAAGAGUGAGCAUGGAUUCUGGAGUCGGCCUUGGGGUCGUCCCUCGUGAUUUCGACGCACUAUCGCAUGCUUCAUCGAAAGCAUCGCGGCAGUCGAAAAAGAGCAUGAACGCACCACCACCGACAAGUUACCGUGCUCCGACUGCACUGACGGUGAAAUCAAAGGUCUCUGUUGCGUCCGGUGGCGGACGCUCGAGAUCCCGUGCCAGCAGUUUAAGUCGUCUGGGUAGGAGUCUUAGUGGUCGCUCGUCGGCGGAUCAGCCGAGGUCAAGAUCGCAGUCCCGACACACCUCCAGGUCGAGAAGGAGUCGGCGAGACGAGUUUGAGGAGAAUGUGCCGGAGGAUGAAGAAGCACGUACGGUUGUGCAUAUGACGGAGUCUGUGCACCGAUCUUCAAGCCAUGUUUCUUCCCACCACUCACACACCGAAUCAAAAGUGGCAAGCCAUGUUUCUGCGCACCACUCCCAGGCAGGGUCCAGGGCGCCAAGUCAUAUCUCAGUGCACCAGUCGCAGGCGGGAUCCAAAGCACCCAGCCAUGUAUCAGUUCGCGAAUCUCAGGCAGGAUCCAAAGCGCCGAGUCAUAUCUCCAUGCACGAGUCCCAGGCAGGUUCGAAAGCACCAAGCCAUGUUUCGGCCCAUGAGUCCCACGCAGCCUCGAAGGCACCGAGUCAUGCGUCUGCUCACAGGUCUCAGGCAGGGUCUAAAGCAGCGAGCCACACAUCUGCGCACCAGUCACAAGCAGGAUCCAGGGCGGCCAGCUAUGUCUCUGGCCACGACUCGCAGGCGACGAUAAAGCCAGCAAGUCGAGUCAGUUCAAAGCACAGCCGCAGAGACCCUGCCGAAUAUCCACUUCCACCGUCGCGUGCUGCUACAUGGGCUGGUUCCGACAUCGGCAGAUCCAGCUUCGUAUCUGCGAGGUCGAAUUUGGGACCGACUGGGCCAAGGACGAUUAUCGGCAAACUCAAUCCUGUUCGUGAUGGCGGAGAGAUAACUGAUGACGACGAUAAGACGGAGACGGCGAGCAUGGUUUCCAAACAGAAGGAGCUGGCCAAACUAGAUGUCACAGAUCGGGAGGUCAGGCCCGAGGAUAGCGUGAGCCAGAUCUCGGUGGAGAGCCGGAGGAGUAGGAGGAGCAAAGCGAGCAGCAGGAGAUGAGGGAAAAUACUGCAAAGAAUCCUGCAUUGGAAGACGGGGUGGAAGGAGUGAGUAUUUCAUCAGCAUAUUGCUUUGGAUACAUCGGACAACGUACACGGCAGCAUAGCGCACGCGAUUGUUUCUCGGCCUAGAGAUUGCGGUAGGGAGUUGGAAAUUCAUCAAGGGCGACACAAAGUCUAGUUGGAGGGCGCAGUAACAUGGCAUCCAGGUUCGAGUUAAUAUAUACAUACAUUGGUAGAAGUCACUAUGUUCGAGUCG